AGGUCUGUUGUUAUUGAGUUUGACUAUUUAAAACUUAGCUAUUCUUCGAAUUUCAGCUCAACUAAGAAAUCCUUAUUUGAGGAAAUCAAUCAUUUAAUGCAAUUGGACCGCGACUCUGAUUCUGACUGAACAGUAAGCUCAACUAAGAAAUCUUUACUCGAGGGCAUCAAUUAUUUAGUAAUCUGUCUGCAAUCAAGUGGAAGUCUAUUCUACUCAUCGCUGAUACUGACUGAACGAAUUAAAGCCAACACACAGAUAUAUAUUACCACGGCUAUGGAUUUAAAGAUCGCACAAGKUUUCAUCAGGUUUUGCGUGUCGUAUGCAUAUCAUCGUUGUCUUCUUAACCUCACAAAGCCAUCAAGAGAAGAACUGAUCUCCUUGUUAGAGGAAUGUUUGGUGAUGGCUCAUUUUCUACUUGAUAUCAAWACCAUUAUCUGUAUUUAUAAUGCACUUGGUGAUUUAUAUCGUCUCGUCCAUCAACCAGAGAAGGCAAUYCAUUGUUACGAAAAUAUUCGAACCUUUAUUUCUGGYAUUGGYGAGCUAGAGAUGCGCAUCGACARCAAGUUAGGAAUUAUCUACCAAUCAAUUGGGGAAUAUYACAAGGCAAUUGACCAUCACCGAAAGAUUCUAAACAUUGCUAUAAACAUUAGUGACAGAAAAGGAGAAGGAGAAGCUUAUCGAAAUUUAGGGGUUGCCUAUUCUUCAUUAGGAGAAUACCACRAGGCGAUUAAAUAUCAUGAAAAAAGCCUAGCCAUUGCUAAAGAGAUUGGCGACAUUCAGGGAGAAGGAGGUACUUAUGGAAAUUUAGGGAUUGCCUAUAAAUCAUUAGGUGAAUAUCCCAAGGCUAUUGAACAUCACCAAAAGAGUCUAAGAAUUGCUGUUGACAUUAGAGACAGACAAGGAGAGGGAAAAKCUUAUGGMAAUUUAGGGAUUGCCUAUCAAUUAUUAGGAGAAUAUCGCAAGGCGAUUGAAUGUCAUGAGAAGAGACUGAGCAUAGCUAAAGAGAUUGACGACAGGCAGGGAGAAGGAGAUAGUAAUGGAAAUUUAGGGAUUGCCUAUUCUUCAUUAGGAAAGUACCAAAAGGCGAUUGAAUAUCACGRAAAAAGCCUAGCCAUUGCUAAAGAGAUUGGCGACAGACAKGGAGAAGGAGGUACUUAUGGAAAUYUAGGAAUUGCUUAUGAAUCAUUGGGAGAAUAUCGAAAGGCGAUUGAAUGUCACGAAAGGACACUGAGCAUAGCAAAACAGAUUGGCGAUAGACAGGGAGAAGGAGCUACUUAUGGAAAUUUGGGGAGUGCCUAUUUUUCAUUAGGAGAAUAUCACAAGRCGAUUAAAUAUCAAGAAAAGRGACUGAGAAUUGCUAAAGAGAUUUGUGACAAAUUAGGGGAAGCCACUGCUUAUGGAAAUUUAGGGAUUGCCUAUGGAUCAUUAGGAGAAUAUCACAAGGCGAUUGAAUAUCACGAAAAGAGACUGAGCAUAGCAAAACAGAUUGGCGACAGACAGGGGGAAGGAGCUACUUAUGGAAAUUUAGGGAAUGCCUAUUAUACAUUAGGAGAAAUUCCCAAGGCGAUAAAAUAUCACAAAAAGAGCCUAGCCAUUGCUGAAGAGAUUGGUGACAAACAAGGAGAAGGAUUAGGCUAUGGAAAUUUAGGGAUUGCCUAUCAUUCAUUAGGAGAGAUUCACAAGGCGAUUGAAUAUCACGAAAUGAGCCUAAGCAUUGCUAAAGAGAUUGGUGACAAACAGGGAGAAGGAGUCGCUUAUGGAAAUUUAGGGAUCGCCUAUAAAUCAUUUGGAGAAUAUCACAAAACGAUUGAUUAUCACGAAAAAAGACUAAGCAUUGCUAAAGAGAUUGGYGACAAACAAGGAGAAGGAGUUACUUAUGGAAAUUUAGGGAUUGCCUAUUCUUCAUUAGGAGAAUAUCAAAAGGCGAUUGAAUGUCAUGAGAAGAGACUGAGCAUAGCUAAAGAGAUUGGUGACAGACAAGGACAAGCAGCGUACCAUCAUAACAUAGGUAUUGCAUACCAGGAAGAAUCGAGCAUUACAGAUCUCAGCAUAUCAAAAGAACACCUGGAGAAGAGCUUACAAUGCUACGAGAAAUUGUUUGAUGAUCUAAAAGACAAAGACCAAUUCAAGGUUUCAAUCGUCGAUACAUUUAUCACAACCUACAAGAUGCUCAGCAAAGUCUACAUUAAAACCAGAGAGGUGGAAGGAGCGCUCAUGGUAUGUGAACGUGGGCGAGCACGUGCUUUGGGAGAUCUCUUGUUCUUUAAAUACAACACGAAUGAGAAAGCAGAAUCAAAAGCACUGGAAYUUGCUGAUGUAAAAACACUUUCUUCAUAUAGAGMAGGCUGCAUUCUUUUUUACAAUCUUGAUGCUAACAAGGUAACAUAUGAUUGCUGGAUCAUAUCAUCCCAAAGUCCAUCAACCUUCUAUUAUGAUGAAAUGGCCAACAUCGAAGCUUUGGCAACAAUGGUGUCGAGUCUGUCUGAAGAUGACAAAACAAGCAUGRAGAYGGGAUAUUUUCAAUAUCUCGUUGACAACAGUUUUCGCCAGCUGCGUCUUGGAGAAGGAAUGAAAUGCGAUGACCAAUCGAUAAACUUACYAGACCAUGAAAACAGUGAGUCUGCAGGCGUUACAAAGUCUUCAAAGCUUAGAGAAACUGCCCUCACAGUUUUUCGACAAGUUGACAGAUGGUGCGCUUCCACGGACGAUGAAGAUGAUAUCGAUCCUCUCGACGUGCUUUCCCAUAGACUUCUCGUUUCUCCGGUCAUUAACCAGCUGACCCACGACGAGGUGAUCAUCAUCCCUGACGGUCCUCUGUUCAUGGUGCCUUUUGCUGCUCUUCAAAAUCCAGUGACCGGCAAGUAUUUUUCGGAAACUAAGCGCAUUCGCCUGGCUCCUUCCCURACRACUCUGAAAAUUCUACAAGAAUCCUCAGACGAUAAUUAUGCUAAGUCAGGGGCGCUGAUCAUUGGAAACCCUACGGGUGAUUUACCCGGUGCUGAGAAAGAAGCUGUCGAGCUUGGCAGCCUCCUCGGUGUUCAGCCAUUGAUAGGAAAACAAGCAACAAAAGAAGUAAUUUUGGAAAAACUAAAGCAAGGUGUGUCCGUCAUCCACUUUGCUGCACACGGAUGCAAGGAAAAUGGACAGAUCCUACUGGCUCCUUCUAUUUCUCCGACGAAUUCGUGUCCAGAAGAGAAGUACAGCAUCUUCACUAUGAAGGAAGCACAGGAGAGCGGAAUUCGUGCUCAACUGGUUGUGCURAGCUGUUGUCACASCGGUAAAGGUGACAUCAGGUCUGAGGGAGUGGUUGGAAUUGCUCGCGCCUUUCUUGCGGCGGGAGCUCRUGCUGUUGUAGCAUCACUUUGGGCCAUURAUGACACAGCAACAAGGCUCUUUAUGCUGAAAUUCUAUUCGCAUCUCAAGAAUGGAGAGAGUGCCAGUAAGAGUCUGCAGCAGGCAAUGAAGGAGAUGAGAGAAAUAGAGGAAUACAAGGGACCAAAGUACUGGGCGGCCUUCUUUUUAAUUGGAGACGAUGUCACCAUCACAGGAUAAUCAAACAUCAACGCUGGAUUGUUGAUCGAACAUUUUUAGAACAUUAAUUAGGUUAGUUUUCUAGUUUUCAUAAAGUGCAAAUACUAAAAGCCGUGAAAAAGUAUUAACCAAAUAAUACUAAAUAGCGCAACUUUAGAUUAGACAAGAGAAUUUGGCAGAAUUCUGUGUGAUUUAGCACUAUUUCAUUACACAGAGCGAAAAUCACUUAACAUUACCCAUGAAGCAAUCAAUAUAAUUUUUUACCACACUCGUGUAAAUUCUCGCACGCUGAUUGGCUGAUUAGAGUGAGUCAAUACGAGGACAUUCACACUGUGCUGACACCAUCACGUCUUGCGUGCGCUCAUUUGAAAGAAGAGAAUGAUUUUCGCUAAUUUUUAGACUAAAAAUGUGGUAAAAAACAAAUUGCACACGGUUUUUCAUUGUAUGUCCUCUUAUUGACACACUCUUGACGUGUCUCGCUGCGCUCAUGAUGGGUCCACUUGAGUUUUGAACAUUUGAUGACGUCAAGAGUGUGUCAAUAUUAAGAGGACGUACAACUUAAAAUCGUGUGCAAUUUGUUAAAUAUUUGUUGACGUUCAGAAUUUUUGCAAAUGACUGUAUGAGUCGAGUUAACAAAUAGCGUAAGCCAGCGUUAAAAGACAACUGAMCCCUCAUUUUUGCCGUUUUUAUAGUAAAACUACAAUGUAUGUAGAUCAGAAAAAUCCAACUUUGAUAUCAUGUAUAGCUCCCCUGUAGCCGAAAAAAAAUUAAACCUCAAAAAAUUACUAUUGAAUAGCACUAUAAAUCGAGGGUGAGURCACGCCACUCACUGUAUGAUAACUUCUUGCUUAUGCGUAAUUCAUUGCGUAACAGUACAAAAGGGCGCGAAGACAAUAAUCUAGCAAUAUGAAGAAAAUAGCCUUAGUUUAACUUUACAUAUUUUACUUCGUCAUAUUUUCCUAGUACUUUUAUGAAAGUGCAAAUGUUUAGUGAAAUAAACGUUGUGAAAUUCAAUUCCAUCAAGAUUA